UGGUUCAUAUAUAAGAGAUCUUAACUGCUGCUAGCCGACAGUAUCUUUCUUGAUUUUCCGCUAGAAUAUUUGUUAAGAUGAGUUCCUCACUGAUUGUGGUGUUGUUUUUAUUUGCACUAUCCGCGUGUUUUGAAGACGUAUUAAGUGUGGACAAGACUGAAGACGAGGUCGACCUAUCCAAUUGCCAGGAGUUUCGAACGAGAGCGGAUAGAAACAUAAACUUUUUCAAUUUGGACUAUCUAUUUAAUGAAAAGUUGGAAAACGAGACUUUUAGAUACAAAUUCUUCAUACAAGGGGACCGCGAGAUUUACAUUGUUUUGACUGAAACUGAUAGUGUGCAGACGAAUAGUAAACUUUUUGAAUUUGGGCUCAACACUGGAAAUCCACCAGCAGCUAUAUUUAAAACCAGCCAAGAUGGAUCGCAGAAAGUUCGAACUGAAGAAAAGUUGCAUCUUUCGAGCAAGGUCGCAGUGCCAGUGGUUCUCAUUUUGAAAGAAGAUGGCGAAGUACAAUUAUUUGUAUCGAAGAGACCCUACCCGUUACUGAGAUUUCCGGAAACUUCACUGAAACCCAAAUUCAUCAGUUUUACAACGCGAGCAAGUGUUCUGGGCCAGUUUUACUUCAAUUGUGCAGAGAGACCUCUUCUUCGAGCUGACAAUCCCACUGCUGUUGGGAUUCCAGAUGAACAUGCUUAUCCAGUGGUUUAUAUUUCAUUCAGAAUCAAUUUAUUAGCCCGUCAAAAAUCGGAAGUGAAAAUUAACCUACACUAUAAUAUGACAUUGCACAAUCCGGCUACUUUCACCGAUACCAAAUCAGGCCACAAUGAAUUGAUGAAAAAGAGCACUGAAACAAAUUUCCAACUACCCAAGCUUGAAAUAUUCAGUGAUAAUUUACGAAUCGCCAAACAGGAUCCAUCAUAUAUUCUUACGAUUGACCUUGCCAACAGAGUCAGGGCUACUGCCUCUGAAGAGAUAAAAAUGAAAUGCCACGAAGGACCAAAUAAAUAUAUGUAUUGUAACCUAGAAUUUGGUUUGGCCGAAAGAAAUUAUUAUUUAAGGUACUACCCUACUGAAUCAUUAGUCAAUCCAACAAUUGCCAAAUUUGGAGACAUAAAAGUAUUCCAAGCGCCAAACUCUUUCCGCACUAGUGAGAUCCCCUUUAAGAAUGACAUUAUAAUGAAUUUCAAAUUUGAUACAACCAAGUUUUAAAUGGAAAUUUUACCAGUAAAUUUUUCCUGUACCUAUUUUUAUGGACAACGUAAACGAAUUUUUAAAUUGCCGAAAUAAAUACGGGUUUCUAUUUGAUAUUUACUCUCGAAAUAAAAAGUAUUAUUUUUCUAA